AUGGCCUUCGAUGAGAACACUCUGCGAUCGCGCUUCUGCCAUGCGCUUUCGGAAAUGUACAAGAGCGAAGUCCCUCUCUACGGCGACCUAAUCGAUGUAGUCUGGGAUGCAGACGCGAAAACUGUCCAAAACAGCCAGAAUAUCGAGGGUGAUUGCAGUAUAAACCCAGACGAUAUUUUGCCCGCCCGGCAUCGGGUUGAAAGACAUGGAGCCAUCCGACUAGGAACAGCGCAUGAGCUGGCUACAAUUCGUCGCAUGUUUGCUGUGAUGGGCAUGCACCCAGUGGGCUACUACGACCUCAGCCUCGCUGGAUUUCCCAUGCACGCUACCGCCUUCCGACCAAAUACUCAAGAGGCGCUCGAUAAGAACCCAUUUCGCGUGUUUACGACAGUCUUGCGGAUGGAACUGUUGACGGAAGAAUCUCGGAAACUAGCGCAGAAAGCGCUGGAGCAAAGAAACAUAUUCACGCCCAGACUGCUUGCCCUGCUGAAUAUCGCAGAGAGCCAGGGCUUUUUGACACCGGAUCAAUGCACAGAGCUGAUCAGUAAUGGUCUGGAGACAUUCCGGUGGCACUCGAAAGCAACAGUCACCCUGGAAGAAUACGAGCAGCUCAAAGCUGAGCAUCCUCUGAUUGCGGACGUCGUCUCUUUUCCCAGCUCCCAUAUCAACCACUUAACGCCCCGAACGAUUGAUAUCGAUCUUGUACAACAAUUGAUGUUGGAUCAUGGAAUGCCUGUCAAGGACCGUAUCGAGGGACCACCAAAACGAUCGUGUCCAAUUCUUCUGCGGCAGACAAGCUUCAAGGCACUGGAGGAAACUGUCUAUUUCAGGGAUCCGUCUGGUUCCUAUGUAAAGGGCUCCCACACAGCACGAUUUGGUGAAGUGGAACAGCGAGGCUACGCUUUGACCCGAGAAGGACGCCAGCUUUAUGAUCGAAUCUUGAACGGAGUCAAUGCAGACGCCGCGAAGAAGGGCUUGAAAGGAAAGGCCUAUGACACGCUACUGGAAGAGCGCUUCAAAGAGUUUCCCGAUAGUCUGUCAGAGAUUCACGACCUGAGAUUGGGAUAUUUCACCUAUCGGUUGACACCAAUGAGUGAUCAGUUGGUUAACGAAAGCGUAUUAUCGGAGGAGCAACUGCCUCCAAUCUCACUUCAGGAUCUUCUCAACAAGCAGAUCCUGAGUUACGAGGCUAUCACAUAUGAAGACUUCCUUCCUUUAUCUGCGGGAGGAAUUUUCAAUUCCAACUUGGGUGGUGUCUCUCAGUCCAAGCAACUGAUAAUGAGCGCGGAUCCGGACCUCGAUGGUUUCCAGCGGCUCCUUGGGGCAUGUGUGGCGGAUGAAUUCCAUCUAUAUGCCGAGAUGCAACAAAAAUCAUUGGAAGUUUGCCGACAGAAACUGCAGUUAAAGGAGAUCAUGGUGUAG